UGGCAUUGGACACGGGGCUGGUAAGUCAUUGAGCUUCACGUUGAUGGGGAUAUCCUCGGUACUCUUCAAGUCUUGAGUGGACAGCGUUAUUCACGCCAGUCCACACUCCAUCCAGUCAAUCAAGAUAACAAUCCAGAGGUUCCUUUCGAGACGACAUCCUAAUACACCGCCCGAGAAAACCAGAAAGGACGACAAAGACCCUCUUUGUGAAGCAGGCACGAUAUCGGACAGUGAAGGACUACUGAGGGAGGCAUCUCAGCCAAUUUCGACACCCAGAACACGAGCUCUAACAGAAGGGGCCAGACGAAGCACAAGUCCCUGACCUUUCCACCCACGAAAGCGACAAGGUCCCACGCGAUACAUUUCCAGUCACGCACACUUCGUUGGUCACUUUGCUUUCUCAUCCUUUAUCUCUCUCUGUCACCCCUUGGAAAGGGGACUGAGCGCUUGAUUCGAGCAGGGGGGAAAGAAAGGGAUCCAGGCCGUGGGAUUCUCGUGAUAACACCCUUCUUUUUAUUUCGUUCGUCAGAGGUAAAGGGAAGAGGGAAAAGCGUUGCUUUGCAAUGGCGGCGAUCAAGGACUUUGAAAGCCUGUUCAGGCUGGAUGGAAAAAUCGCCGUCGUUACUGGUGGCUCCCGCGGCAUCGGGCUCUACUGCGCGACCGCCUUCCUGCAGGCCGGCUGCUCCAAGGUGAUCAUCACGGCGCGCAACGCCGACAACCUCGCGCAGGCGGUGGGCCAGCUCAACGCGCUGCCCAACAUCCGCGGCAAGGCCGUGAGCAUCCCGGCCAACGUGGGCCACACGGACCAGAUCGAGCAGUUUGUGCGGGACGUGCAGGCCGAGAUCGAGAAGGACGAGAGGCCCGGCCGGGGGCUGGACAUUCUCGUGGCCAAUGCGGCGGCGAGCUGGGGCGGGCCCUUUGAGAGCUUCGAGGACUGGAAGAGCAUCAAGACGCUGGAGCUGAACGUGAGGGGCGUGUUUAAUCUGUGCAGAUUAAUGGUCCCAUUGCUCGCCAGCGCCGCGACGCCCGCGGACCCGUCGCGGAUCCUGAUCACGUCGUCGGUCGGGGGCAUCAUCGUGCCGCACGUGGGCGACCGCGGGGCAAUCAUGUACUCGGUGUCCAAGGCGGCGGCGCACCACCUGGGGCGCAACCUGGCGCUGGAGCUGGUGCCCCGGAACAUCACCACCAACAUCAUCGCCCCGGGCUUCUUCCCCAGCCGCCUGGCCAACCCGCAGAUCGACUACCUGGGCGGCGAGGACGUCGUGGGCCUGCAGAACCCCAUGGGCCGCCUGGGCCGCCCCGACGACAUCGCCGGCCUGGUCGUCUACCUGUGCAGCCGCGCCGGCAGCUACGUCAACGGCGAGGACAUCUCCCUCGACGGCGGCGCCCGGCUGAGGGUCGGCACCCACCCGGGCAGCCUGGACGCCAGGGGCAAGGGGGCCAGUAAACUGUAGAUGACAGGGUGGAUAGACCAAGGUCCAUAAAAAAGUCGAGAUUAGACGAGAGCGAAGAGGUGUAAUGAAUCG